AUGGCCACCGUCGUCUGGGACCGCGAAAAGGCUGAUUCUAACUGGGAGGAACUGCUCAGGCGCGCGACUAACCCUGGGGAAGCCGACAAAAUCGCCACCGCCAACCAGCUCAGUUCGCCUAUUUUUCGAUUAACUGGCGAAAUCCGCACUCUCAUCCAUAAUCAAAUUUGCCUCUCUACUACAGUCAUGUACAAGAAACGCUCGGAUGUUUCCGGCGGCGCUUGCCUCUUCAACCAGACCUUUCUCCUCACUUGCAAACAAUUCUACUGCGAGGCCAUAGCACUCUUUUAUAGUCUCGCGACGUUCGAGCUAUCUGGUCAUGCAGGGUGGCUGACUCAGAGAGGCCUUAACCCCAAGUAUCGCAGUCUCACCACCUCGGCUUCUGUGGACGGCGAGGUGGUAUCAAGGGAAUUUAGCGCCAUCCUCCGUGAAGACACAAGCGAGAGAUCUGCAUCGUCAGAAGUCCCGUCACCUGAGAUGUGUCUGCCUGGGGUGAAGAAAAUAUAUGUACAUGGCCGAUUUUGGUCAACUGAAGUCGUAAGGUUUACACUAAGGAAAUUGUUCAAGAAGGAGGACUUGCCCAUCACUGGUGACGAAGCCCUAGUUUGUGAGGAUGCAUGGCGGGACUGCAGGAUUUCAUAG